CAUCACAGCCGGAGCUAUUUCAACGGGCAAGUCAUUUCCAUCUUAUCAUCCGUUCAUCAUGGAUGUGCUUAGCGUUCUCAAGUGCCGUUUAGAAAUUGUGGAUGAUUCAGUUUCCUCCAAGGAACUGGUAGAUCGAAUCGUAGCGCUGGGACCACGGGAAGAACCAUUGCAUUUGGUUGAGUUGGAUACGGUUGUGAAACGGCAUUACGACUGGCUGCGACAUCUGCCGAGGGUACGUCCCUUCUAUGCCAUCAAGAGCAACGACGAUGCUUCGAUUGUUGAAACUACGCUUCUACUAGGCUGUGGGUAUGACUGUGCAUCGAAGGCUGAAUGUGAACGGGUUCUAGGGUUUGGAGUGGACCGCGAACGAAUUAUUUUCGCUCAACCAGCUAAAACUAUUGAAUCGUUGGUAUACGCCAGGGAAAAGGGAUUACGGACUGUGUUUGACAGCGAAUAUGAGCUAUGGAAAAUUCACCAAUACUAUCCUGAGGCGGAGGUACUCAUACGUUAUCGUUUCGAUUCGCGGAAGGCCAAGAUAAACUUGGGUGUGAAGUUUGGUUGCGAGCCAGACAAAGAAGCUUGCCGCCUUCUGGAUUUGGCCAAAAAACUUGGAAUCAAUGUGGUCGGUUGGUGUUUUAAUGUUGGGUCAGGUUGCUCAGACCCGGAAAUCUUCUACGAAGCCAUCGAGGCAGGCCGAAGGAUCACCGAUUACGCCACAUCAAUAGGAUAUUCUUUCAGCAUGAUCGAUCUAGGUGGGGGAUUUCCUGGGGAUAAAGAUGUAAAUUUCCAGAUUUACGCCGUCCAUAUCAAUCGAGCGUUGGAGGAGUUCUUCCCGGAUGGUCAAGGAUGGACAGUUAUAGCGGAGCCCGGUCGGUAUUACUGCGCAGCGGCUCUAACUUCGGUGAUACCAGUGCACGGAAAAAGAGUUUUCCGGAGUGCGGACAGUUCCGCUCGUAUCGAGAAAGUGUUUUACUACUUCAACGACGGAAUUUACGGAACGUUCUACAGUGCCAAAUAUCGCAACCAACCGGUUAAGCCGAUAAUUUGGAAGAAACGUAACGAUUGUGGACCCAUGCAUAAGACUUUCUUGUUUGGGCCAACGUGUGAUGGAAACGAUGUUUUUGCAGCGGACAUUUCAUUGCCCGAGCUGAAUGUAUCGGAUUAUGUUGUGUUUGAAUCUCAGGGAGCAUACUCGAGGGUGCACUCGUGUAGAUUCAACGGUUUCUGUUUGCCGAAAUCGAUUGUUUUCGUAAGAAAGAGUGUUUGGAAUCUACUAGAUUCAGUUUCAUCGGAAGACAAUCUGGAUCGUACCAUACUGGGAUCGAAAUAUUUGCAAAGAAAUAAUAAAAUUGAAAAAUUGGUAUUUGAAUGAUGGCCAUGAAUAAAGCGGCUUUUAAGUAAAA